CCCGGGAGGGGGGAGGAGGGCCGCGCGCGCGCAUGCGCUGCGUUGCCACCGCCGCCGGCCGGAAGAGUGGAGUCGCGGAGCCGCUGCUGCCCGCUCCAGACGCCGCGGUGGCCGUGAGGAGAGCGCGGGCCCGGCGAUGCGGCCCCAGAACGACACCGGGGCCACCGAGCAGCCGCAGUACGGGCUGCAGCUGAUGGACGACCGGCCCCCGGGCUCCAGCGAGGAGCGGCGGGUGGACGCCGAGAUAGCGGAGACGCCCGGCUCCGGCAGGUGCUGGCAGUGCAGUUCCUGGCCGUGCAGCUCGCGCGCGCAGCAGGAGGCGGAGAAGAAAGCACCCUGUCCUGGACUUGGCAUGUUUUACAUGUUAUUGUCUGCCUUCCUUUUCUCAGUGGCGGCUUUAUUUGUUAAAAAAGUACAAGACAUCCACGCUGUAGAAAUUAGUGCAUUCCGAUGUGUGUUCCAAAUGCUAAUCAUUAUCCCUUGCUUAAUAUACAGAAAAACUGGGUUCAUAGGCCCCAAAGAUCAACGAAUCUUCCUCAUUCUCAGAGGAGUCCUUGGUUCUGUCUCCAUGAUCCUUAUAUACUAUGCCUACCAGUCGACGUCCCUCGCUGAUGCCACGGUGAUCACAUUUAGCUGUCCAGUAUUUACAUCUAUAUUUGCUUGCAUAUUUCUCAAGGAAAGAUAUAGCCUUUGGGAUGCUGUUUUCACCGUGUUCACACUGACCGGCGUGAUCCUUAUUGUGAGGCCACCAUUUCUGUUUGGCUCCAGUGUCGAGGAGACGGAUAGAGACUAUUCAGUUCACCUGAAGGGCACUUUUGCAGCACUUGCACAUACCGUGUUUGCUGCAGUGACUCUAGUUGUCUUAAGAAAAAUGGGGAAAUCUGUGGACUACAUUUUGAGCAUUUGGUAUUAUGUAGUCGUUGGCCUCAUGGAGUGCGUCACUGUUCUUUUUAUACUAGGAGAAUGGAGUUUGCCACGCUGUGGGUUGGACAGGCUAUUUCUUGUAUUAAUUGGGAUAUUUGGUUUGGGGGGUCAGGUGUUUCUCACAAAAGCCAUUCAAAUAGAAAAAGCAGGGCUCGUAGCAUUAAUGAAGACUCUGGAAGUGGUCUUUGCUUUCAUCUUCCAGAUAACUUUCUUUAAUAAAGUGCCAUCAUGGUGGACAGUGGGUGGCUCCCUCUGCGUAAUAGCUAGUAGCACUGGAGCGGCCAUUCGUAAAUGGUACCAGAGUUCCCAUUGAAGCAUCAUUGCUGAAAUGUGUAUUUUUUUAAAGUACACCAUCACCCAGUUCAGACACACACCACACACAUACACAAACACACACACACUCACUCCUGGAAAAUUGCUUUUAUUUCAUUGAUGAUAUUUAAUAAAUUUUGUAAUUAAAAUAUCAUUUUCGAAUAUGGUAUGUCUUUAAUUAGUUAAGAAUAGCCAGUCAAUUUGGUGUAGCAAUUUUCUUUUUUGUCGAUUAUUUUUGGUUUUGGUUUUGGGUUUUUUUUGUUGUUGUUGAGGUGGCACUGGUAAGAGGACAGAUCAUUAGUUGAAGAGAAACUGCACAAUUUUUUAUGACUCUAAGUAUAAAUAUAUGUAAUUUUUAAAGUGUAUUUUUGGUACUGACGGGAUAAGGUGGAAAUUUUUGAUGUUCUUUUAGCAGUAUGGAGGCUAAGAAACUUAUUGGUAAUAAUGCUGCUAUAUAAUUAGUGUUAUGUUGAUAAUCCAUUUGAAAUGUAAUCCCAUUUAGGAGGCCAAAGCUGAAACUUGGAGUUGGUGCCUACUUAAUGGUGUUAAUAAAACAAAUGAAUUAGCCUGAUUUUCAAGGCUUUUAUAAAUGAUUGUCAUUCUUUUAACCCCUAUAUGUGCCUUUUCACUUUAAUGCUGAAAUUUUUAUACGUAAACUUUAAAAAAAUCUUUAAAUCACAAAAUUUGGCUAAUAGUUUUCUGUUUUUGUGGCAUUAGCAACUGCAGCUACAUUCUGUAAUUUUAACUGUCCUCUGAUUUUUUGAAACUGCACUAAAUUUUUCUUAACUUUCUAAGAUUUCAGGAGAACUCUUGGCAUGGCUAAUGUGCACGUUUCCAUCCUAAAGUGUUUUCCCUGUACUAGAAAUGUGAUUUUUCUAUAAAUGCUCUUUGAAUUUAUGGGGCGAUGCCAAAUACGAUUUUCUCAGGAUUUUAUUAGGCUGAAUCAUAAGAAAUUGAUGAGAUUUUACCUUUUUAACUUACAAAAAUCAUAGUUUCUUAUGGUUCACUCUAUUAAGAUACCUCUAUUCUACACCAAAUAUUUAGAAGACUUUGGAGUAUAUUUUUAAAAAAAAUACUUUUAAAGUACAGUAAUCCUAGUGAACUUAUUUUUAUAUUUUUCCCUUGUGGACUUAUAUGUCAUAAUGCUUCAUGUCAUAUGUUAAAUGUAAAGACCUGUGAAUCCAUGGUUGAUUUUUGUAGUUUCUUGAACAGAAAAAAAAAAAAAAUCACUGUUAAAUUCACUAUAUCAGUAUGAUAUUAAAUGUCAAUGCUGCACCAUGAUACUAAUGUCAUGAAUUCAAACAACACAUUUUUAUGUCUUGAACGUCAUCAGGCCAGUACUCUACUGUUAGAGAGAAUGUAGAAUUUAGGAAAACUUUGGGAAGUUAAUCAGGAAGGAGGGAGUACAUUGCAAAUGGCUCUUUGUCACAAUGAACCCUUUAUUGGUGAGGCUAUAACGGUCUCCAGCUCUGACUGCAUCUAUUAUUAUCUUAAGCCUAGAGAUUUGAAAGAUUAUAGCUUCUUUCCCACCCUUUCAUCAUAAUUCUAUCAAAGUAAGAAAGAACCUGGCUUCUGAGGUUUAUGCCUUAGUUCGAAAGGAUCUUUUCCAGUAGUUCCAAGAGGGAAUUUUUGUUGCUGAUCUUCUCAAAUGCUUCCCACCUGACAAGUCCUAAAUGAAGUCUGUUUAGAGGAGUCACAGUAUCAUUAUAACUUUAGCCUAAUUUGCAAUGUUAGAGUUUUAGAGUUGAAACAGCAUCAUUUUACAAGUAUCUUAGAUAAUUAUAGAAUUAGAGCAUUUUAGGGCUCAGAGGUUAGAAAUCCUCUUGCAGGAGACAUGCUUCAUAGACAAGGAUGCUAGGAAGUGGACCUGCCCAAGGUGGGUUUCCAUGGCUUUAUUUUCCCCUCCUUUAGUUCCAUGAUAAAGUAUGGAAAGUAAAAAACUGCUUGAACUAUCUAAGGAAAAUCAACUCUCAGGGAACCCUCUCCUGGUUCUUUAUCUUGCACAACAAAGGAACUUAUGAAACCUUGAAAGUUAAACCCCUUUGGGCCUGUGCCCUAGAGACAUGUUUUAUCUCAAUAGCAUGGUUUUAAAUGCUUGAAUGUUACAAUAUAUGACCAGAGUUGGAGAAAAUGAUUCUUCUCCAAACUUUUAUAGGGUGUGAUUUUUAAACACUUUUAUAAUGUCCAAGGUGUAUUCAAGGCUAUGUAUUGUAACAAUUAUGGGUGUGUAUAUUUUGCAAAGACUGUAGUUUAUAUAUCUUGAAAAUGAAACUAUGUUCAUAAGCUAUUUUAUAGUUACUAAUAAAAUUAAUAUGAAAGAAAACUGUAUUUUGGUUUUUAUGAUUGUAGCAUAUGUACUAGCUAAUAUUACAUUUCUUUUUUCAUCCAUAUGCUUCAAGAUGUAUUUUAUAAAAGAGAUCGAUCUCUAGCCAUUCAGUUGUGAUGUAAUUUCAAGUUUCAAACUGUUUAUCUGUUCCUCUGUUACCAUCACAUCAAAUUCAGUGUCUCUAAAAUAAAGGCCUAAUCUUACGUUCCA